UGAUAAUUACAUCACCAGCUGGUCAUGUGGCCGAUGUAGUCUUUGAAGUUGGUAAGGAAAAUGGUGAGGGGCGGAAGAGAAUUUUGCAUCGUAAACUCCUGCUGCCAGUUGGUUCUAUGCCUAGCCUUGGUGUGCCAAUACCCAAACCAAGACGACAGAGGACACUGCCAGUAGCACCAGUUGCUAGGACAACAGAAAGUAACGACGAUGUUUCAUCGGAUGAGGAUACUGUUGUUGAGUAUGCCCACCCUCCACAAGCUUCAGUGUCCACUGAUAUACCAGUGGAUGGGCCAACUGAAGAGGAACCAUCAGAGACUGUAUCUGAAGGAGAUGGAACUCCUAUUGCAGAGGGGGAGGAAGAGCCAACUGAGGAUGCUGUUCAGCAUGUUGAGCAGAUUCGUGAAGAAGAUGGCGCUACUGGGACAGAUCAUGAUGAUGACAAUGACAAUGAAGAAAGAGAGCAACAUCCAACUCCAGAGAUAACCACUCCUGUUCCACGUCCACGGCAGUCUACUAGGACCCGGACACAGCCGAAAUGGAUGAAGAGUGGAGAGUUUGCUCUCUCUGCAGUUGCAGAUCGGGACUGGCGUACGCGAGCCAACUUUCUCAGCUCACUUCAAGCUGACGGAUUGUUCCGAGAACAGCAGCACCGACUUUCUGAUGCCAUCUUGGAUCUUGUCACUGGCAAGGUAAAGUGGCGUGGACGUCAUUUUUCGAUGGAGGGAAGUAUGUGGCCGAUGUAGUUUUUGUAUAUAUUUGUUUUAAUUUCAUUUUAGUUUUUUACGUAUAUUUAUCAUAUAUAACUAGUUGUCCGUUUCAGUCAGCUAAAACAAAGUGUAUCUGACCUGUCUUACCUACUAACUGCCCCAUGGCCAGAAGCUUCAUCUGCUGAUUGGCCAAGCUAACACCUAUUGUUAAACUGCAUGCUUUGAUUACACUGCAUACUCUCUCAGCACAUAAACUGACAGAACUGCUCAGACCAGCAAAGUGUAAAGAGAGAAUAUUAAAUCAGGUGAGUUAAAUAGUUAUAAUCUCUAUCUUGUGUUGUAUUUAAAUAAUACAGUAUGUUCAAAGUGUUAUAUGAAGUAAACUAAAUGUAUGUAAUCUAACAUAAAUGUUGAUUUAUGUCUAAAUAUUUAAAUCUGCAUAGGAUAAGCUAAACAUCCAUACUUUAUCACUAAAAUGUAUUCUAUCACUUCAAUGAAAUAUGUGUGAAAGUGUUUUACCUCAAGAGUGUUUUAAUAAGCUUUGUAAUGUAGAGAUUUAGAUGUGAUACAAUGCAAAUCAUUGUAAAGAAAAUGUGUGUAUUAUUUUGUUCAAUAUAUUAAAUGUUAAAUAGUGUUUUAGUCUAUGUAUUGUUUAUUCAGAUAAUCUAUGGUGUUGCUAUAUAGGCAGUUGGGAUCCACACCCUUGUAUCACCCACAGGGGUGUAUGAUAUAUAGAUCCUUAUCACACUCGACGCAUCGCAAUAAAGACCUCAACCCCGUA